ACAAACAAAUGCAAAAUGGAACUUUGUAAAUAACCAGUUUGCUCCAUUUUACGUUCAAAUGUUUGGCAAUUUAGGGAACAUCAAGGAGCGCCUAGAGAGCGUUACUCACAAUGUUAGUCAGGGUUGGAAGAGCAUUUCGGACAAAGCCAAGUCUGUCAACCAAAAGAUUGUUAGGAAAACCACUCUUUUGACAGAAGAGUACAUUGAAGGACAAGACCAAACUUUCAACUGUSACAUAGAGGCAGGCUCUGAAAUUUUAGAAAGAUAUGCUCAACAAUGGUCAGAAAUUCAUGAAAAGUCGAGACUAUCUGCACAAGAAGCAGAGAAUGCAGAUAAAAUCAUCAACUCAGUGUUAAAGAGAUGCACUGACCUGCGYAAUACAAUKACAAUAUUCCAUGGUGAAAUGGAGAAACUACCAGAAAUGAUCAAAAAUGUACAGACAGCUAAUGAAGACAUUGCUGCUAUAGGGAGCCAGGCUGAUGUGUUAGAGGCUCUUUUAAUGGACCUUGAAGAAGUCUGUGAAAAACUUGAUGUUGAAAGACAUAAAAACAGUCAUCAUUURAAGAUGGUYAUGAUGCAGCAAAGUAAACUAGAUGAUCUUGAAAAACUGAAAGAGGACCUUCAAGUACAACAGACAAUUAACAACCAACAGAAAGAAAACCUUGAAAGGCAAGAAUCAAUUGAAAGACAAAAAGUUUAUGAAGAUGCCUUCCUUGAACAGAUGAAUUAUUACAUACAGUUUGGCAAGACUGAUGAGCAUGUAUCUAACCUACCAGAAUCAGAAGGAUCACUUGCUGAUAUCAAGUUUGAGGAUUAUGACUUGGAUAAACAAUUAAAUGAUUUUCUUGGAACUGAGGAGCCAGAAGAUCCCUCAAUACCAGCAAAAACACCAGACAAACCUAAACACAAGCGAAAAUCAUCCAAGAAAAAGUCCAAGCCAAAACAAAAUGAARUUAAAGAUGACCAAAAAUCAGGUGAAAAAMCAGUCAAAAGGGAUGACAAACGUGUUGAUGAAGUGUCAGAGGAAGGUCAAGAUAGAGAAGAAGCAGACAACAGUAAAACAGAGACAAAGAAAACUGACGAAGWUGAGAGCAAAAGAUCUGUUGAUAAGRAAGAUCAAUCGYAAAUUGUUGAGCAAUAAUUAUUARAGUGCAUUUACUAYAUCUGUGAAAURUUUUUUCUUGAAAAUUGAGCAAAUUAUCCUUUGUUUUUUUUGUGUUCAAUUAUGUUAAUUUKGGGGUAAUGCUUACAAUGUGUUUCACAGAUAUGAUAAGUGCAAUCUGAUAAUCAUAGUUAUUAUUAUAUAAUUAUAUUGAUUAUUAAUUAGAGGUUAACAUACAUCGAAAUAUGAUGUUGGGGUUGUUCAAAGUUUUAAUCAAAGCAAAAAAAUAGYAAAUAAAAUGGAUAUUUUCAAGUA